UAAGCAGAUACAAUGUUCAGACUAUCGGCGAGAAGAACCUUGUUUCGAGCGGCCUGCGGCUUCUCGGCCGUCAGAGGAGGUGCAGCUGCAGGACGACUCGGAGCCCAGCAAGCUUAUCGAAACUUCUCAUGCUCUACGCCUCUAUACAAGGACGAGAAGAUUCCGGCACCUGCCAUUGAUGCAGAGGGUGGGUUGGCUCGUACAGAUGAUAGCGUGAGAGUCGAGUAUCCCCCCGACGAUGAGAUGCCACAGACGCCUAUCGUGCAAGGCCGGGGUGGUCGACAUUUCAAGCGGACGCUGGCCUCAUUUUCUCUCGAGGGCCGAGUAUCGGUGAUUACGGGCGGUGCGCGUGGGCUGGGACUGGUUAUGGGUCAGGCAUUGGUUGCAUCCGGCUCUGAUCUUGCCAUUGUUGACUUGAAUCAUCAAGAAGCAGAGCUGCAGGCGAAGAAGUUGCUGGAGCAAUUUCAGAAGGAGAACCCAGGUCUAGACAGACUACCCAAGAUCACAGCUCACUAUGCAGACGUGGGCGACCCCGAGUCCGUCAACGCCAGCAUUUCUCAGAUCAUCUCCGAGCACUCCAAGAUCGACCACCUGGUCACUUCGGCUGGCUUUACUGAGAACUUCGACGCCAUCAGUUACCCUUACGACCGAAUCCAGAAGCUAUGGAAAGUCAAUGUUGACGGCUCAUACCUGUUUGCUGUUGAGGUAGCCAAGCAUCUAAUGGAGCGCAAGGCUCCCGGCAGCAUGGUGCUGAUAGGAAGCAUGUCCGGCUCGAUUGUGAAUGUUCCACAGCCUCAGGCACCGUAUAAUGCAGCAAAGGCGGCGAUCCGGCAUUUGGCCGCCUCCCUAGCGGUCGAGUGGGCGGGUGCAGGUAUCAGGGUUAACUGUAUCAGUCCAGGGUACAUGCUGACCGCAUUGACACGCAAAAUCCUGGACGACAACCCGGACCUCAAUCAGAAAUGGACCUCGCUGAUUCCCCAGGGCAAGAUGGGUGUGCCAGAGGACCUGAUGGGUGCCGUUGUCUUCCUGACCAGUGACGCUAGCAAAUACGUCACUGGCGCGGACCUGCGUGUAGAUGGCGGAUAUACCGUCACCUAG